GCGAUGGCCAAAUUUUCCCGGUGAACACCUGGAAAACUCGACAAGAUAAAGCACUCUGAAGCUCCUUACCGGAGGGCCAGUGACUUGAUAGUAGUAUCCUCGAAUAUGCUGCCUUUGGAACUGCUCGAAUCCUGCCUUGACCAUCUUGUAGAUGACAAGCGCAGUCUAGCGAUAUGCGCUCGCGCCCAUAGCUCGCUCUUGGAAAUGGCUCAACGUCGUCUCUUCGCUGAAUUGCCCGUUCACUUCACCUAUACCGAUCCCCUUGCCACACAAAUCCCGGGCAUGAUCUCUGACGCACUCAAACUAUCCCCUCAUCUCGGGGCGUACGUGCAGCGGUGUGCGAUAACGUGCGAUGACGACUGGGCGCAUCUCUGCGCCGAGCUCAUCGCCGACGUCCUACCCGAGAUUCUCGAGCACCUUCCUUCCCUGCGAUCUCUGAGCGGCUACAACGUAUUCUUGAAGCAAACAGAAUAUACUGCCCUCUACCCUGCCCUUGAACAUGUACUGCGUCUGCCCACGUUGACGCAUCUCCAUCUGGACACCACUUGCAACUUCCCCUUCUACCUCAUGCGUGGCCAAUCUCUGCAACAUCUCACUGUCAUCGAUUCAGGCCAAAGCCAGGACACGCUUGAGCCUCGGGAAGCUGCCUCUGCCGUUUCAUCCCCAAUCAAGUUGCGUACGCUUAAACUGGGCACUACACGACUUGGUCUGGCCCAAGACCGUGCGGUGGCUUGGAUUCAGAGUGGAGCUUUCGACUUCGGCGGCCUUCAGGCACUCCAGCUCGAUAUGGGGUGGAUGGAUGAAUCGAGCGCGGUAUUGAAUAUCCUGCGUCCUGCAUCUAAAACCCUGGAGCUCCUGGUAUUACUUCCUGACUAUCAUCAAAGGUUUGGCGAAACCUUGGAGAUCUUCCGCAUGUUGGCCCAACUCCCUUUCAAGAUGCGGCGUCUGCGUGCGCUCGUCAUCUACGCAGUCAGGGAGGGCCAUCGUCGCGUCGCCCUGAGGGGUCCCCCUUUUGGUGAUCUUGACGACGCACUUGCGAGGAAGGACGCAUAUCCAAAUCUACGAGACGUGGUUAUAAUCACGUACCCGUAUACCGAAACACGCGGGAGAAAGACCAAUCUGGAAGGGGAGUCGUGGUGGGCCUUUUCUAACGCGCACCGGCUUCUGCCGAAAGAUAGCAAUGAGGACACGCUGUGGAGGGCGGUAUUUCCGAAGUGUGCAGAGGCUGGACUGCUGCACGAUUUUCCGUCUGAAGAGUUUACUUUCUGAAGUGUACUGUAAAAUGUAUUGCAGACUACCUUCGGCCUGCACAUGGUCCUCAAUUAUAACAACCACUUUCUCGCA